UUCAGUGUUACUGUUUUGUGGUGCUAAUUAAAUACUUUUUUUGGGGGGGGGUCAUACUGAUUAAAUAAAUAUAUAUCUGCAAGGGUUUGAGAAUGAGCUGCUGUGCUGCUGCUGCAGUGUGCAAACUAUCACACGCAGAGUUGACUCAGUGAAUCAUUUGGAUGCAGUACAGUCAGUAUGCAGUAGACUCCGAUUCACUCAGACUCGGCACAUUAUUCGGCACAUCGCUGUCACACGCUGUUAGAGCAGAGAGCCGCGCGCGUGCUGCGUGUUCUUCCGGAGAAAGACGAUCCGGAGGUUAUAUAAAGAUGAACUGCUAAAUUAAAUCAUUUUGGAAUAGCCCUGUAGCAUGGCGUGGACCAUGCAGUUUACUGUCCUUUCCUAAAACUAGGCGAUUGCAUCAAGGUUGAGCUUAGUGUGCUGCUUCUGUCCCAGCAAACUGGCUGAACUCUCAGUGCCACUGCAGUUUGCGAUGAAGCGCAGAAGGUCCAAAUCCACUCAGCUGAGCUGUGUUUUUGGCUUGUGCAGUCAGCCGCCUAUUUGCCGAAUGAGAAUGCUACUGCUCUGCUUGUGUGUGCUGCUGGCAGUGACUCUGAGUCUGGGAUUAAUGCUGUCCGACCACGAAACAAGAAGAUCCGAAGAUUUUGUAGUCAGAGUUCCGGACCUAAAAAAGGAUAAACUGACCCACAGACCGAGUAAACCCACUGCGGCCCAGGUGAAGCGGCUCGUCUCCGAGGUGAACUGGGCUCGACUGUGGUAUGCCCAUCUCCAGCCUAUCCUCAUAGAGCGACACCCGGGCUCUCGUGGUAGCCGUACCGUUCGAAGGCAUAUUUCCUCUGUGUUGGACUCUCUGUCUGCGGGGUGGUCAGUGCAGAUCGAUUCCUUCAACUCUGAAACCCCUCGUGGCCCAAUCAAUUUCUCCAACAUCCUGGCAGUGUUGGACCCCAUGGCUCCUCGCCGACUACUUUUAGCUUGCCAUUAUGACACAAAGAACAUACCUUUAGGAAAUCAUGAGCUAAAGAAGGUGUUUGUGGGGGCAAGUGAUUCAGCUGUUCCUUGUGCUAUGAUGCUGGAGCUGGUCACGGCGCUGGACAGUCACCUAAAAAUGCUCAAACAGCAGAUGGCUCAGGUGACACUCCAGUUGGUCUUCUUUGAUGGGGCAGAGGCUUUUGAGGAGUGGACUGCCUCCGACUCUCUGUAUGGUUCCCGACAUCUCGCUGAGCACAUGUCCCGUACUCCACAUCCUCCAGGCUCCGAACACACAAACUUGCUGCAUGCCUUGGAUCUCUUCAUUCUCUUGGCUCUGAUCGGUGCCCCAAGUCCAACAUUUGUGAAUCAUUUUCAGAACAGCGCUCGCUGGUUUGAUCGACUCGUAUUGGCAGAAAAGAGGCUCCAUAAUCUGGGCUUGCUGUCCUCCCACCCCACUGAGCAGACGUACUUCAGAAGCGAUAUAACUGUGGGGCCGGUAGAUGAUGACCAUAAGCCGUUCCUUCAGCAAGGUGAGAAUAAGAAGUUUAGUCAAAAUCAAUGGACCUUAAACAUUUUGCUCUUUCAGGGAUGUUUCUUUUGGCUGAUUGUAGGGGUUCCAGUGCUACACGUUAUUGCUACACCCUUCCCACCAUAUCGGCACACGGUGGAGGACAACGCAGACAAGGUUCACAGUGACACAGUGGAGAAUCUCACCAAAGUGCUGGUGGUCUUUUUGGCGGAAUAUCUCCGAUUGUAGAUGAACAUGACUCCACUGUGACCCAUCCAUAUACCUCUCAGAAUCUGUAAGCUAAAUCUGUAAAGCUGCCUUAUCGCUCACUUUACACCCAAAAUACAGUAUUUUUGGACUUGUUAUACUGAAUACAAUAAGAUCAAGCUACCUUUCAAUAGCCUUAGUUUGUGUUUAAUCAGAAAAUGAAUGUAUAUUAGCAUUAUAUCUCUGGGCGUGUUUACACAGGCUCUGUCAAGAGUGCAAUAACAAUCAACAUGGAAGCUGUGCAGCAAUAUAUACACACCCAAUAAUGGCUGUUACCUUGUAUUUACAUGCACUUAUAUAAUGCAGUGAAAUACUGCCAUAUUAUUAAAAGAAAUAAGAAUAAUAUUCUUCUGUAUAAAAUAGGGUUGCCUUUCAGGAAUUUCUGUCCUCAUUAGCAUAGUGUUGCCAAUAGAGGCCUAUUAAAGGGCCAGUAUUUGCACUGUUGCACUUCUCAAUAAUGUAGAUGUAAACAUACAGGAAUGCAAAGGAGACUCUUGUAUUUUCUAAAUAAAAAGAAUACGUUUUA